AAAGUGCCCCCCUGCCCAGACUGCUGGGGGCUCCCGGCUGGGUUACGGGGCCCCCUGGCCAGCGAGGGCCGCGCUCUUCCCAGAUGGGGGAGGCGCCAAGGCCCCCACCCCACAGAGCCCCCAGUGCGACCCAGCCUGCCCAGGAGCAGAGCAGCCCCCAGCCCCCUCUGCGGGCCCGAGCGCGUGGGGCCAGGCCCCAGGCUCGUUAAGCCAUGCCAGGCGCUGGGUGAAGGUGACCCCAUGACAGCGGGACUGAGAAUGCAGCCGGGUGAGCUCAUGACAAAGGCUCCCGGGUCACAUGCGCUGGGCACAUGUCGGGUCCCUUGGGCCCUGGGGCGGAGGAGCAGCACAACAUAAAGCGCUGGAGCCGGCGGAGCCCCCCGCAGCAGCGUGAGAUCGGACGGGCCCAGGUGGCUCCGUGGCACAGCCAGCGGCCCUGCCCGGGAGAGGAGCCGCUGGGCGCACACCCAGGGCGUGGGGGGGCAUGGAGGAGGCACCCAUGGAGCAGGGCGUGAAGUGGGCGACGGAGCUGAUUGACCAGAAGCUGCAGGAGCAGGAGCGGCUCGAGAGCCAGGCCCCCGAGAUGCCGCCAGCGGUGGCGAGAAUGGACACGCCGGAGCUGGAGGACGAGAAGCGCCACGGCCCUGUUCACUGGGGCAUCGAGGGGCUCAAGGGCCAGGGGCGGGAGCGGAAGAGCUCACUGGACCUGCGCCGGGAGAUCAUCCACGUGGGCGGCAUCCAGUACCUCUUCGAGCUGCGCAAGACGCGCCGGAAGCGCAGGGAGGAGAAGGUGGCGCCGGAGCCCGAGCCGGAGCCGGAGGAGAUCGUGGGCCCCGUGGAGGAGGAGGCGUUCCUGAGGGCAGCUGUGCAGGGCAAGAUCCGGGUCAUUGAGAAGUUCCUGGGGGACGGGGGCUCCCCUGACACCUGUGACGAGUUCCACCGGACGGCCCUGCACCGCGCCUCGCUGGAAGGGCACCUGGAGAUCCUGGAGAGGUUGCUGGACCACGGCGCCACCGUGGAUUUCCGAGACCGGCUGGACUGCACGGCCGUGCACUGGGCCUGCCGGGGGGGGCAGCUGGACGCCGUGAAGCUGCUGCAAGACCGAGGCGCUGACCUCAACCUGAAAGAUAAGCUCAUGAGCACCCCCCUGCAUGUGGCGACCCGAACUGGGCAGACUGAGAUCGUGGAGCAUCUGAUCAACACAGGGGUGGAUGUCAACUCCCGGGACAGGGAGGGGGACAGCGCGCUGCAUGACGCCGUGCGGCUCAACCGCUACAAGAUCAUUAAGAUGCUGAUCCUGUGCGGGGCGGACAUGAUGGCUCAGAACCUGGCAGGAAAGACCCCCACGGAUCUGGUGCAGCUCUGGCAGGCAGACACCCGGCAGGCGCUGGAGAUGCAGGAGCCUGGCGAGACGGAGGCCCCGGCGUGAGGGGGGGGGCGACGGGCUGGGCUGGGGAACGGGACCCAGCGGUGGGAAUCUUGGAAUAAAACCCAGUGAACGAGA